AUGCCGCUCUCGCCCUUCCGCCUCCCCUUCCUCUACCCGGCCCUCCGCCUCCCCCGCCCCGCCGGCAUCCCCCUCCGCCGCUGCCGCCACGGCACCGCCGUCGAGCCCACCCCCACCCCCGCGGACGGCUCCACCGCCGCCCCAAAAGACGACGCACAAGCUCCCAACCCGCCCACCACCACCUCCCCCAACACUACUGCACCCGCCUCCUCCUCCUCCUCCUCCUCCUCCUCCUCCAAAACAUCUGAUAAUGCAGCCCCAGCAUCACCAUCACCCGCCUCCAGCAGCACCACCACCACCACCACCACAACUACCACCACCCUGGCCCCGGGCGAAUGGACGCACCACUUCGACACCUACAACCUCGCCGCAUCCCUCACCCGCGGCGACUUCCGCCCCGCCCAGAGCGUCACAAUAAUGAAAUCCAUCCGCAGCCUCCUCUCCACCAACCUCGAGAUCGCACACACCAACCUCGUCUCCAAGAGCAACGUCGAGAACGAGUCGUACCUCUUCCACGCCGCGUGCGCCGAGCUGCGCAACGAGGUGGUGCAGACGCGCAAGACGCAGAUUGAUGCGCUGCGCGCGGAGGGCGCCGCGAUCCGCACGAGCUAUGACCUGCUGAACCAGAAGUUCCUGGAGGACGUGAUGGCCCUGAAGGAUGAGCUGAAUGGCCUGUUUGGGGACAGGAAGAUGGUGACUAGGGCCGAGCAGAGGGCCAUGGAGAAUAAGAUACAGGAGCUGAAUUAUAAGAUUACGGUGCUGUUUAAUUCGGAGUUGAGGAGUGAGAUUGAGAAGUUGAGGUGGACGACGACGAGGAGGGGCUUGAUUGCGAUUGCGGCGUUGGCGGCUUUCGUCGUCACGUCAAUCCGCAUGAGCAAAGACAGCGCCAAGAAGGACAAGAAGAAAAGCAGCACCAGCAGCGGCGAGAAGCACACGAACGAAGGCGACACCCACGACUUUGAUAGCAGGUUGGGCCAUGCAGACUUACUGACCGAGAGUCUUGCGAACCCUGGGGGCUCGCGGUCUUCGUCGGGGGCCAGCUUUGUCUCGUUAGGUUGA